AUGCACACACGAACCGAUGGAGCGCUGCGGCGCCAACGCUAUGUCCUCGAGCGGCUAUGGAUCCAGGGUGUCCUCGACCGGUCGGCUCACGUCGUUCGUGACAACUUUGAGGUGGGUGGCAGCUUAGAGGGGAACGGAUUGGACGGUGAGGUAGGACCGAUGGUAUCCUCUCCCGCCAUCGCCAGUGAUGGAGACCAUGGUCUUCCGCAACGCCCUCGUCGUGGAUGUUUCAGAGGAUUGCAAGGUUAUGACAGUGAUUCAAGUUCCCAGCGAUGGCUGCUUGGAAGGUGGUGGAGGAUUUCAAGCUCAGCAUGCCUUUCAGGAACGAUGAUCAGAUCGAGGUUCUUCGAGCUUGAUGUAUAUUAUCUGGAUCAGCCACUACUCGACAAGGGCGUGUUAAAGCGUCAACAACACAGUCAUGAAGAUGCCCUCCAGGAUUUCUGUGUCCGCGACGGAAACAGCAACACCAUCGUCAAUGGAUUCACUUGCAAGCCUGCUGCGGCAACUCUGGCCAGUGAUUUCAUGUUCCAGGGACUCCGGAACCCCGGGAACACCAACAACAAGCUCGGAUCCAUAGUCACCAAUGCAAAUGUUGGCGUAUUCCCGGGAAUCAACACUCUUGGAGUCUCUUUUGCGAGGAUUGAUUAUGCUCCAUACGGUGUCAAUCCCCCUCACGUCCACCCCCGAGGAACUGAGCUCCUCUUCCUCCAGCAAGGAACUCUGUAUGUUGGAUUCGUGAGCACCACCAACAACACACUCUUCGCUCAAACUUUGCAUCCAGGGGAUCUCUUUGUAUUUCCGCGUGGUCUCAUUCACUUCCAGCUCAACGUUGGGAAGACACCAGCUGUUGCUCUUGCGGGAUUCAACUCCCAGAAUCCGGGUGUCACCCAGGUAGCCAAAGCAGUGUUUGCAUCCAAUCCUCCCAUUUAUGACGCUGUCAUCGAGAGGGCGUUCCAGAUCAAUCCCAAGCUCAUCCAGCAGCUCAGGGACCUCAUCAAGCAAACUUAA